AUGCCAAAAUUACGAGUAUUGAUUCAUCCGGGCAGAGUGAUGCCCGAUGUUCCCGAGAACAUGCAGGAUAAUAUCGCUCAAAUGGAACAUCGCGUUCAUGACCCCCGCCGGCAACCCCCCGCGCAGUAUCAACGCGCCUAUCCCGAGCGCACUUCAUCCGCCGCCCGAAGUCCCCCACAACAUAACCAGGUACACGAUCCGAGCUCGUAUGCGCAAUCAGCGACCUACGAUAGCAUGGAUCACCCCAACUUUUCUCCCUUCCCCGUCCUCCGCAACCCGCCUCCAAAUGUCCCGCCCACCGACGAACAGCGGGAGGCGAGCUUGGAGCGCGCGCGAAUGGCAGUACUCUCGACAACCGAUCCAGAGAUGCAGCUAGCCUGGGCCCUAGAUGCGCUCGCCUUUGUGGAAGUCGCCGCGCAGAACGAAGCCCGUCUGAGCGUCACGCAGCCCCCGCGUCCGCAGACCCCGCAGGUCGAGCGCCAACUCCGGGUCGAUGCCAUGAACAUCGUCAGCUUUCUGGCGGGCCAGCGCCACCCAAAGGCGGAAUUCAUCAAAGGCAUGUGGCUCGAGUUCGGUAAGUUUGGCUGCCCCGUGGAUCGCAAGGAGGCAUUCCGAUCGUAUUCACGAGCGGCGGAGAAGGGAUAUGCGCGUGCGGAAUACCGGAUCGGAAUGCAGUUUGAGAGCUCGGGGGAGCCUGAGAAAGCGAUCAAACAUUACCAGCGGGGUGUAUCGCGAGCAGACUCGGCGUCCUACUAUCGUCUGGGAAUGAUGAUCUUGUUGGGUCAACAUGGCCAGCGCCAGGAUUUCAACACGGGGUUGGAAUACAUUCGGCUGGCAGCGCAAUCAUGCGACCAGAACGCACCUCAGGGUGCCUAUGUAUACGGCAUGCUUCUUGCGCGGGAGCUUCCUCAAGUGAGCGUUCCGGAAAGCUUUUUGGCCAUGGAUCUCGAGCUGGCCCGUGUCAAUAUCGAGAAGGCCGCCUAUCAUGGGUUUGCCAAAGCUCAGGUGAAGAUGGGUGCUGCAUAUGAGCUGUGUCAGCUGAGUUGUGAUUUUAACCCCGCGCUCUCGUUGCACUACAACGCAUUGGCAGCUCGCCAAGGCGAACCCGAGGCCGAGAUGGCGAUCAGCAAGUGGUUCCUGUGUGGACAUGAAGGUGUCUUUGAGAAGAACGACGAGCUGGCAUUUACUUAUGCGCAGCGUGCGGCCCAGAGCGGUCUCCCCACCGCCGAAUUCGCGCUGGGCUACUUCUAUGAGGUUGGUAUAUAUGUGCAGUCUGAUAUCAAGGAAGCUCGCUCGUGGUAUGCCAAGGCUGCUGCGAGCGGCAACAAAGAUGCAUCGGGUCGAAUCGAGAGCAUUUCUCGCUCAAAGACUCUGUCUCGAAAGGACCAUGAAAAGGUGGCAAUCUCACGGAUCAAGUCAACUCGGUAUACCGCGCAUCAGCGAGGGCACUCUCUAGAGAACACCCCGGAGAACAUUCAAAUGCCAGAUCCGUCGAGAAUGACCCUUUCAGACGGUCCACCAGCUGCCGCUCCUUACCCUGACCGUCCUCAUUCUACUCGUCCCCGGCCUCAGCAGGGAUAUCAAUUGUCCGACCCUCGGCCAAGCUCUGCUUUUGGUGUCAACCCCAGCCUUCGACAGAACGUCGCCCCGGGAUAUGGUGGCCCGCCUUCAGGCCCUGGAUCUCGUACCCCGUCAUAUGGACCUGGUGGGCCUGGUGGCUCCGGCGGCCCUGGCCCCGGUCCUGGUCCUGGUCCUAUGAAUUAUCGCCAACCUGGCCCUGGAACACCACUAAGCGCUCCUGCUGGGCCAGCAAGCCCUCAGGCUGGUAGUAUGAUCAGCCCUAGUGGAACUCCUCGCCUCGAUAUCGGUUACUCCGCACCCAUGCCGCCGCCUGGUGGAAGGCGUCCACCGCCUCGACUGGAUUCGGCCCCUCCUGAUCGCAAGCCUAUGAGAACCCCCGUGUCUGGUCCUAAUAAUGUGCCUUCACCUCGACAGCAGGCAUCUCCUCGCCCACCUGGUUCUCCCUCGUAUCCUCCUCGCACCGAGUCUCGACAACCGUCCCGAGGCUCCGGCGCUUCUACGCCUCAGCCCGCUUCAUCGGUUGCCUCGCCAAGCUCGUCUGCCCCACCGACCUCCGCUGGGCCGCCGCCCCAGAAGCCCGCCGCGAAACCGGCCAAGGGAGGCCAAUUGCCCGGCAAGGGACCCAAGACCUUUGAAGAGAUGGGUGUUCCUAGUGCGAAGAAUGACAAUGAUUGCGACUUGCAGGUGAACAGAAUCGUCCAUAUUCAGUAUGCCCAAGCAGCCAAGAUUCUCCGAAGCUUGCACGAGAAUAAAGAGAUCGAAGGACGAGUAUCUGGUAAGCAAGAUAUGUCUACGAUGGGCAACAUUCAUUUAUUCCAUUGCGACAUAGGAAAACAAACCGUCUACCACGCCCUCCAAGACCCCUCGGAAACCAUCACACCCGAGGCGGCGGCGGCGCUCAAGCUUGAAAUUGACCACCUGGAGAGUCAGCUUUCAACCUUAAAAGCGGACGAGAAGAGGGCCCGAGCCGCCUUAGCGACCCUGAGUGCAACGCCUCGAAUCUCCGAACUUCGCCAGGAUAUCAGCCGCCUGGAAAGCGAGCAAUCUGCGAUCCAAACGCGCUUGGCACGCCACCACGAGGAUGACCCCAUUACACUCUCGCCGAGCGAACGAGAGGAGCUUGAAGCCGAGUGGAAACGGUGGCAGCGACAUGUCAGCGUGCGUCGGCGCAUUUGUCGGGAGUUGUGGGGACAGUGCUCAGAGGUUCUUCCGGAGGGCAUGUCCGCAGUGGACCUGUGGGUAAGAAUCUCUGGGGCUGGAAGGAGUGCUCCAAUAAGAGACCAUCGAGGCUAUGGUGAUCUUUCCGCUUCCCCACACAUCAUUUGA